AUGGCGUCGACACCACCUCUCUCAGCAUCACCCAACUCGUCCAAGCCCACGUCUCCACGGGCCUCAAAUCGCGGCCUCGGGCUGACCAGCCGACAAGGCAGCCGAUCUUCACGACCCAGCAACGACAAUGGCAGCAGAGGCGUGGCAACUACGCCCAUUCCAGAUGAAGACCAUAGCGCUGAUCUCCCAUUGACGAUGUCGGCGUCCAUCGUGCUGACUGGCCUUCCAAAGGACGCUCAUCAAGCACUGGCUGAUGUCGAUGCCAUUGAUUCCGGCAAAGUUACCGUCCGUUUCCAGCCUCUCCCAUCCGCACCAAUUCUGAGAAACCGUGUAUUCAAAAUCAGUGCCUCCCAGAAGUUUGAGACGGUCGUCAAAUUUCUGCGCAAGAAGCUUGAUUGUAAAGACACCGACUCCGUGUUUUGCUAUGUAAAUAGCGUCUUCGCUCCUGGACUGGACGAAGGAGUCGGCGGCCUUUGGAGAUGCUUUAAGACGGACGAUCAACUCAUUGUGGCAUAUUCAAUGACACCAGCCUUUGGAUAG